AUGAAGGUUCUCGCCCCCCUUGUUCUGGCCAGCGCCGCCAGCGCCCACACCAUCUUCUCAUCCCUCGAGGUUGGCGGUGUCAACCAGGGCGUUGGUCAGGGUGUCCGGGUGCCGUCUUACAACGGCCCGAUCGAGGACGUCACGUCCAACUCGAUCGCCUGCAACGGACCCCCCAACCCGACGACACCCACCUCCAAGGUCAUCACAGUUCAGGCCGGCCAGACAGUGACCGCCAUCUGGCGGUACAUGCUCUCGACGACGGGGUCUGCGCCCAACGACGUCAUGGACAGCAGCCACAAGGGUCCUACCAUGGCCUAUCUCAAAAAGGUCAGCGACGCGACCAAGGACUCGGGCGUCGGCGGCGGCUGGUUCAAGAUCCAGGAGGACGGCCUCUCCAACGGCGUCUGGGGCACCGAGCGCGUCAUCAACGGCCAGGGCCGCCACAACAUCCGCAUCCCCGAGUGCAUUGCCCCCGGCCAGUACCUGCUCCGCGCCGAGAUGCUCGCCCUGCACGGCGCCUCGAACUACCCCGGUGCCCAGUUCUACAUGGAGUGCGCUCAGAUCAACGUCGUUGGCGGUUCCGGGUCCAAGACGCCCUCGACCGUGAGCUUCCCGGGCGCGUACUCGGGCUCUGACCCCGGAGUCAAGCUCAGCAUUUACUGGCCGCCCGUCACCAACUACACGGUUCCUGGCCCCAGGCCUUUCACCUGCUGA